GGAACACGUCUGCAUAAAAGUAAUAAAAAGUGAAGAGGUCUGCAGAGGCUUGUGGACUUAAAACAUGGAAGAGACAAGGGGCACUGCGAUGGACCUUCAGCUUCCCCCACACAAAGGAGACUCACUCUCAGUGGUCGACAUGCACACAGGUGGAGAGCCUUUACGGAUCAUCCUCAGCGGCUACCCAGACAUAAAAGGUGACAGUGUGCUCUCCAAACGGCGUUACGUGCGGGAACACUUUGACCACCUGAGGAGGGUGCUGAUGUUUGAGCCCCGGGGACACUAUGACAUGUACGGAGCCCUGAUCGUGGACAGCGAGCUGCCAGAGGCAGAUAUGGGGGUUCUGUUCAUGCACAACGAGGGAUACAGCACCAUGUGUGGACAUGCUGUCAUUGCGCUGGGACGCUUCGCCGUGGACUACAAACUGGUGAAAGAACCAAAGACGCCAGAGACGCAGGUGAACAUCCACUGUCCCUGUGGGCUGGUGAAGGCGUUUGUCGAGUACUCAGGUGGUCAAACAGGAGGAGUGAGGUUCCUCAGUGUGCCUGCGUUUGCAUUCGCCACAGACGUGACAGUGACCGUGGAGGGGUUUGGGGAUGUGACAGUGGACAUUAGCUAUGGAGGAGCUUUCUACGCCUUUGUAAACGCCCAGAGGUUUGGCCUUGAUGUGACCAAGUCCAGGACUCGAGACCUGGUGGACGCAGCGACAGCGGUGACAAAUGCUGUCAAAGCCCAGGUGAAGCUGCAUCAUCCCACCAGUGAUGAUCUAGCUUUUCUCUAUGGCACUAUCCUCACAGAUGGCAAAGAUGAUUAUUCUCCUGAUCCCACCGCAAAUGUUUGUGUGUUUGCAGAAGCUCAGGUGGAUCGAAGCCCUACUGGUUCUGGUGUCACAGCCCGAGUGGCUCUCCAGUAUCAUAAACGUCUGAUCCAGCUGAAUCAGACCAGGACGUUUCAGAGUGGAGCUACAGGAUCCCAGUUCACCGGGAAAGCUGUUGAGGAGACCCGGUGUGGAGACUUCAAGGCUGUUGUGGUGGAAGUUGCUGGCAGAGCAUUUUACACCGGAGUUUCACACUUUGUUCAGGAGCCCGAAGACAAACUCACUCAUGGUUUCCUACUGAAAUAAGACUCAGUAAAGGGUAUGGUUUUUAUGCCACUACAAUCCAGUACUAACUAUAAAAGCACUCGGAGAGCGCAGACCUCCGCCAUUAGCCCUAUCUCCCAAUAGUAAAGAAUCCUUUAAAAAAUUCCUGGAUCCAGAUGGUAAUCUGGAAAAAUCCCAAAAUCUAAUCAGUUCUUCCUUCCUUAAAAUGUCAUCAAAAUCCGUCCAUAACUUUUUGAGUUAUGUUGCUAACAAACUAACUAACUAAAACCCUGCUGAUCACAUAACCUCCUUGGCUGAGGAAAUAAAAACUCCAAGAUCCUCAAUAAGAAUCCGAUUUUACAGUGAACAGUAGUUUAACCAACUUAUUAUUCCAUCACUUUGAAUGGAAAGACUACCAAUAAACAUACUGUUUGUACAAUUUUGUUUUAAUUUCAUAAGGAUUUGUAUAAAGUGCCAUGUGAUUUAAUCUACCAGUAGGUGGCACAAGUAGACUAGAAGCUUGCAGAGGUUUCUUGGUUAUAAUGUUCAAGACACAAUAAAAAACUUUUCCAUC